AUGACAGGAAGGAACUAUAUCUACAAUAUGACGUCAUUCGCCUCAGUGGUACUCGCUGCAGUACUGUAUUCAAGGAUCGUGACUGCGAGCCAGGAAGUGAUUCUGGACGCAGACUUCGGCCAUUUGGAAAGAGACCACCAAGAGACGCACACAUCCAACGUGCGCAUCACCAAGGCGCCCAGCGUGCUGAAACAGCUGCGCAAGGUGACAGUGGAGUAUUACUGUGAGGAAGAUUCCGUCAUCGUGCUGGACCUGAGCGUCAUGCUGCAAGACGCGGACGCUUUCUCCGUGGCGUUCUCCAAGGCCUGGAUAUGUCAAGGCCAGCACGGGGAAGUGCCAGAUGCCGAGACUUCCAGUCUGUGAAGGUCCUCCCCCCGUACUCCCGCCCCCACGAGUCCCCGCCCUGUGCUGUGUGGUACUGGAGCCACGCACAGAGAUCGCCCCGACUCUCUGACACUGACCACUGUCCGCUGGAGCAAGAGCUGGUGACCUUCUUGAACUACCCGGCGGUGUUCAACGGAAACGCUUAUGGCAUUGUGCGUCAGCUCUUCCCCCACCACGACCCCGGCCUGGAGGCUGGCAGAGUGCACACAGUCUGGGCUCCACAGCAACAUACAGGUGGACAUCCUGGGUAAGGGCGGACACAUCUCCAGACUCACCAUUGGCAAGGCCACUAAGAAUGUCUGGACCAGGAUUCUCUUCACGCUGAACUCCAGGACGUGGUCGGUCCACGUCAACCAUGGGAAGGACUUGGAGGAAGGAUUUUGGACUGUCUACACCUAUGACGAGGAUGUGUUUGUGGACGACACGUACGGACUGUGGAACCUGGGCGGCCUGGACUGGCAGGUCGGGAGCUUCAUCGGCUACAUGGGCCGUGCCAUCUUCCAUCGCCGCAGAGUGCUCGAGUCUUACCAGAUCCCCAGACCAGAUCCCUUCCACCCGAUGUUCGAGCUUCACCUGACCAGUAGGGAGGAGAAAUGCCAGAACUUCCUGGUGUGGAUGGACUCGGCGGUCAGUGUGUACCAGCGCUACCAGAAGUACUUGCUGCGACAGAGAGCUAAUAUUUGUCCUAACGAAGGCUACCGUCUGUUUGAGAUGUUUCUCCCCGUCUCCGGCCCAGAAUUGAGGAUCUGCCCCAUGAGACACCCGCGUGGUCUACGUCACCACCGACCGGUCAAGAGGCUAUUACGUAAAGCUGUCCAGCGACACAGCCUGUCCUGGAAUUUCCUGGACGGAGAGAUGGAGGCUUACUCCAGGAGGGAGAGGUCAGAGGGCAGGGAGGUGCUUCUCAACAUCUCGCAGGGGCUCAUCUCCAACGCCACAGACUUGGUGAGCGACAAGGGCCUGGCUGUGUCCACCAGAGCUGUCCAGUUACUUAAGCAGGCGGCGUGCCUGGGCAGUGAUGACGCCAUGUUCUCCCUGGCCGUGCUGCUCAACAACGGUGUGGGCGCUGCUGUGGACGAGAUACAGUGUACUACAAACAGGUGGCAGACCAGAGCCGCAGAGACAAAGAAGAACACAAGGACUCGGAGAUCGCCACAGAGAGCAUCCGGCUGAUCGACGAGGCCAGGAUUGACGCACAGACCAGCGAGGUCGGUGACCUUUUCCUGUGGCUCAAACACCAGGCUCAGAACGGGGUCGCCACCGCACAGUCUGAGCUGGGGCUGAUGAUGUACCAUGGAGCCCAGGGUCUCCAGAGGAACCUGCAGAACGCCAUGCAAGUGUUCAGGGAGGGUGCAGAGAUGGGCAAUGUGGACGCUAUGUUCAACUACGGCAUCAUGGAAUACAGGGGCAUAGGGGUUCGACCCAACCGCACCCGAGGCAGAAAGAUGGUGGAGAAAGCCGCUAAGCUGAAAAACCCCCACGCUAUGACGGCCCUGGGCUGGAUGGCGCUAGAGAUUGACCACAACAUGACCCAGGCUCUCAACAUGUUCCGGAAGGCCAAAUUCAUGGGCCACAUGGACAGCGGCUACUACCUGGGUCACAUGUACCACUACGGCAUGGUACCUCAGCACCCCGUGGACCUGGACAAAGCCCUAGAGGAGUACCUGUGGUCAGGGAACCGUGGACAGAUUGACGCGGGGACACUCUACGCCUUCCUGGUGUCACGUGGUACGCCCAAGUACCCCAGGGACAUCUACUUUGGCACAGAGUGGGCCAGGUUUAUAGGAGAGAAGAACAGUUUCCUGGCUAAGCCACUCCGCGAAGCCCUCAACGCCUUCAGAGAUGGCAACCACGCCCUGGCUCUGUACCUGUACCUUCUGCUGGCAGACACGGGCCUGGAGGUGGCUAGCUUUAACCUGGCUUACCUGUGUGAGCAAAACAGGGACGGAGUGACGUCAUAUCUCAGCAAGGAGUGUCAGUGGCGGCAUUACAACAUGACGACACAGAGAGAGUUCCACCAGGUGGACGCUUAUUGCUCUGUUUAACCUGGCCUAUAUGGUGGAGGAGGGAGCCCCGGUGGUGAGCGCUGUGUGGAACUCACUACAGAUCCCUGUGGAGGCUCAGCAGACCAAUGUCUCCCUGCUGUUGGAGCUCUAUGCCAGAUGCCGAGAAUCCCUCCGUAGCGAGGCGUUCAUCCCCUGCUCCCUGGCCUGGUUCCGCGUGUGGUGCAGGGACGUGUGGGAGCAGUAUCACGUCUACAUGAAGGUGACGAGUGUGUGCGGCGCCGUGGUGGUGUGUAUGUCCGUCAUCUUCCUGUGUGCCCACUUCCUCCAACAGCGGCGACUCAGGAGAGACGAGGAGAGUCAAAGGGAGGCGGAGAGGGAGGAGGAGGAUAGGAUGAGGGCGGAGGAGGAGAGAGAGAGACAUGGAGAUGGGGAGUCUGCUGCAGCCGUCCCCCAGCACGCUGUGGGCCCUUUUGAGGACAUCUGAGGAUCCGGAAGGUAGAUCGUGUCACCUCCUCCUACUGGAGGAGUGGGCGUUGUCUCUUGACAUUGUUGUUGUAUAGGAAGUCGUUACCCCAGAAUUACGACCUUCUGUCUACUCAAUGCCCAGUUUUGAGAAAUUUGACGUGAAAUUAUUUGAGAGUUAUGCCCCCAAAAAAAUAUUUAUAAAAAAUAAAUAAUAAAAAAUAGUACAUGACGGA